AUAGUUAUGUCGCCGGUACAAUGACGUGAUGAUAUUGGAAAAAUGGCUGUUUCUACUGAACUUGCUUCCCUGGCUCACUGCAGCUGCUACGCAAGUGACAAGCAACCGGACCACCGAGUCACGGCUCGUGGCCCAGCUGACCAGCAACUAUGACCCAAGGGUCAGACCACGGGUUAAUGCCUCUGAGGCGGUGGACGUGUCUUUGGGCUUCUACAUGACAAGGGUGGACGUACUGAGUAUGCGCAGCGAGAUUCUGUCGGUCACCGGUUGGAUCGUCGUGAGGUGGUAUGACGACAUCAUCCGAUGGGAUCCUGCUCAGCAUGACAACAUCACUAAACUGCUGCUACCCACGUCCUCGGUGUGGCUGCCAGUCAUUGCGCUGGACAACAGCGUCAACAAUAUAAUCGAGAAGAGCUUCCGAGACAAUUUCUACGUGCUCGUCUCCCACACCGGCCUGAUGUCGUGGGAGCCGGCUGGGGUGUUCAGGACGUCGUGCGAGAUGGACAUCACAUUGUACCCGUUUGACCAUCAGACGUGCACGAUGUACUUCUCCACGUGGGACUACACCGUCGAUCUCGUCAACCUCACGUAUGCAUCGCCGGAAGUGAACAAGGACGCCUACAUUGAGAACGGGGAGUGGGAGAUUCUAAGCUCUAAAGUCGAGGAGGACAGGUUCGCUUACCUGACCAGCCCGGAAGAGGUGUACCCGGAAGUUGCUGUGACCAUACAGAUACAACGGAAGUCCACGUACUACUUCAUCAACAUUCUGAUACCCUGCUUGAUGAUGUCGUGCAUGGUGCUGAUGGUGUUCUACCUGCCGCCGGACUCGGGGGAGAAGGUCUCUCUCGGCGUUACAGUCCUCCUCGCCUUCUCGGUGUUCCAGCUGAUGAUAGCCGAGGACAUGCCUACAUCGUCCAGCGCCAUGCCUAUAUUAGAGGUGUACUUGCUGUGCUUCAUGUCAGCAUCAACGUUCUCCGUCAUCAUCUCCGUCCUGGUGCUGAACCUCCAUCACCGGACCGAGUAUACCCAGCCUCCCGUCUGGCUCCGUCGUCUCGUUCUCGACUUCCUCGGCCACUGGCUCUGUAUGGGCACCAGGAGCCGAGCCACAGACAUCCAUCCCCUUGACCAUGACGACCACUCCGAGCAAGUGGAAGCCAAGAUCGACAUCGACCCAGUCCCUGAGCCGACCACAAGCAGCAGUUACCCGAAGAUCGUCCUGCCUGGCUCGCCCUUCGAAUCCACUCACUCCAUCCACCCAACAGGCGGGUUGCUCGGGGCGUCGUGCCAGAACUUGAGGUCGGGGGCGGCAAUAUCGGCAGUGAAGCUGAUUCGCAGCAUCGCCAACCUUGAUAAGACGUCGAGCACACAGUCCAAGACAGCGUUCUUGUCCGCCGUUCGCGACGUGUACCAGGAACUGUACCAGACCCGGAUGGCCGGCGAGGUGGAAGCGGCUUUGGAGAAUCAGUGGAAGCAGAUCGCUCGUGUGGUCGACAGGUUCUUCUUCUGGCUAACUCUGUUUAUACUCAUCGUGUCCACAGCCAUCAUAUUUGAUGCCGCGAGUCACAUUCAAACAUAACAAUCAUUGAUAGUUCUUCUGCAAAGUGGCGUCUGUGGUCUGUGAUCGAGUCUGACACCUGGUGCUGAAUGUUAAUGUGAGGCAAUAGUCCUUGAAAAUAUGCUGAAGUUCAACAAACUCUGUCUUUAAUGUUUUGUGCUGAAAGGAUAUCCUUUGUACCUAUGCUGUCCGUCGGUAGACUCGUUGCUCACGUUACAUUUGAAGAAGUGAGGGGUCUAACAUGAGAAGGGAUAGCAAUGAGAUCAUGUGAUGCCAGUGUGUUAGUUGAGUGUGUCUUGGUCAUCAAAAUGCAGGAUCCUGUUCCUGCCGACCUAUGAAACACUGUAUAGUACAUUUAA